AUGUCUUCCUUUCUUUCAUUCACUCAUCCUGCCCUUCUUUCUUUCUUUCUUUCUUUCUUUCUUUCUUUCUUUCUUUCUUUCUUUCUUUCACUUGAUAUGUCUUCCUUUCUUUCAUUCACUCAUCCUGCCCUUCUUUCUUUCUUUCUUUCUUUCUUUCUUUCUUUCUUUCUUUCACUUGAUAUGUCUUCCUUUCUUUCAUUCACUCAUCCUGCCCUUCUUUCUUUCUUUCUUUCUUUCUUUCUUUCUUUCUUUCUUUCUUUCUUUCACUUGAUAUGUCUUCCUUUCUUUCAUUCACUCAUCCUGCCCUUCUUUCUUUCUUUCUUUCUCUCACUCAUUCUUUCUUUCUUUCUUUCUUUCUUUCUUUCACUUGAUAUGUCUUCCUUUCUUUCAUUCACUCAUCCUGCCCUUCUUUCUUUCUUUCUUUCUUUCUUUCUUUCUUUUUCUUUCUUUCUUUCUUUCACUUGA